AGAUACCCUCGUAAUAAACGUAAGCAACAUAUGUUUCCGUUACGUGACAGAACGUUUAGCAACACUGCUUAGUGCGCACGCCUUGCCUACCGCUGUUGCUUUCCAUCCCUGGCUGACUAGCCUGGAUCCAAACAAAAACGCAGAAUCGGAUCAUGGAAGCCACUACGGAUCCGCCUCCGCAGCCACAGCCGCCACUCUGCCAGGCGCCUCGCCCCCAAUCCCCUCCCGUGGCCGCUGAACAGGAUCCGCCAGAGAUUGCGUGGGAGGCAGGGACUACAUCGCAUUCCAGCCGCAAGCGACAGCUGAGCCGCUUCCAUCCAUACCAUGGUUCUAAUAUACAGCUUGGUGACGACGCCACCGUUGCGUAUCGCCGGGCUAGCUUUGCCGAUGCCCUUACAUUCUCGGAGCGCCCGUUGGCGCCUGGCGACAUCUUUCUGGUGGAGAUUGAAAAGAUUGAGCGCGGGUGGUCGGGACACAUGCGCCUUGGCCUAACAGAACUUACACCCAAUGUGAUCCGGACCAGCAGUGAGGGCUUACCCCACUUUGCCCUGCCUGACCUGGCCAACCUGGGUAAUAGUUGGAUCUAUCCCAUCUCCAAAUUCGAUAUGAACCAGCGUCGAGAUCCCACGAGAGACGAAGUUGGAACGGAGACUGAAGGAGCGUCACAAAGAAACCUUUUGGGCGAUGCCACACAUGUAAGAACCCCCCGGGGUCUUCUGCCAAAAAGACUACUUCGGCCCGCAAUGGGAAACGGCAACGACUCGGAUAUCCUACUCACAGAUACCGGCUCGCGCAUUGGUAUAAUAUACGUGCCCACGGUGCAAAGUACCACCAAGGGCGAACUGCACUUCAUCAUCAACGGGGUGGACCGCGGCCCCGUUUCAACAGACAUUCCCCUAAACAGAGCCCCUCUGUUCGUGGUCAUCGAUGUGUACGGCACCACAAAACAAAUUCGAAUCAUCCAGCUGGAGGGCAUCCUUUCGCUUCAGAACGCUUGCCGCAACGUCAUCUUGGAGCACUUCUCGACGGAAGCAAUUGCCCAACUGCCGCUUCCUGGGAGCAUCAAAAGAUUCCUGCUGCGCCGCGACUAGAAUGCGGUUUAGGGUGGGAAGGGUGGAUGUAAUGUGCAUGAGCGGGGGUCAUGGUAUGUCUAUAUAUAUAUUUUGUAAGGCUCCAGCAUAGCGCCAUUGAAGUGCCCAGAGAUGUUCAGUGACCCCGCUCGAUAUACGAUGAUGACCCUACGAAUUUAUUUGUAAUUUCUGUAGAUAUUUUUUAUAUUUUUUGGUUCAGUUGCCGGUUUAAUAGACACCAUCCUCCUCCGGACGAGACUAUGUUGGAGAACAUAACCUCUACGAGGAAACUUGUUCCAUUACCUCUAAGUAUAUAUUGUUGAUAAAUGUUAUAAAAAGUGGAUCAAGUCUCGGCAUCGAAAAGUAGAACUUCGAACGCUAAGAGUUUAUUGAAGCCGGGAUAACAUAUAGAUUAAAAUAAAAAAAACGUAAAUGGAA